AUGGACGUGUGCUUUCCUUGGGCACUGUGGAUCUCCUUGGUCACCACGAUCCUCAAAGGAGGACCGAGCUCCUCUCUCUCCCUGAGAAGCAAGACCAGUGCACUGGUCCUGAGGCAGACCCCAGCGAGAGCAAUGGACUCAAUCAGUGCCGCGAACACACAGUUCUGCUUUGAUGUCUUUAAGGAAAUGAGCCCUGACCACACGUCGGAGAAUCUUGUCUAUUCUCCCUUGGGUCUCCUGUCCACAUUGGCUCUGGUGCUCUUUGGGGCCAGAGGUCAGAGUGCCUCUCAGAUUGCAAAGGUGCUCCACUUGGAUGCGUUGGUGAGAACUUCAAAUUCUUCGAGUGCAGAGUGUGGACAAGACACCGGAGUCCAUGAACACAUCCAAGCCCUCCUCUCUGAAAUCCAAAAAUCCAACAGCGGUGAAAUUUACAUGUCAAGCGGCAUAUUUGCAGAUACAAAUAAUCCAUUUCUCCAGAGCUAUUUGGACUGCAUUGAACAACUAUACAAAAUAAAACCUAGAACUCUGGAUUUCAUGACCAGCCUGGAAGAUGCCAGAAUGCAGAUUAACUCAUGGGUUGAAAUCAAGACAAAAGGUGAGAUCGAAGGCCUCUUCCCGUAUGAGGACAUCGUGCCUUAUGAUCAGUUGGUGUUGGUCAACCCCAUCUUCUUCCGAGGGAAAUGGAAGAAUGCAUUUCAGAAAGAGGGGACCCAAACGAUGGCUUUCUGGAUGGAUGAGUUCCGGAGCAAACCUGUGCAGAUGAUGCGGGUGCAGGGCCUCUUCAAGCUGGGUAUCAUAAAUGAUCCUCAGGUGCAAGUGCUUCAGGUGUCCGACGUGGACGGUUACUGGAGUAUGGUCAUCAUCCUGCCAAGAGAGAAUGUGGGCCUAGGGCAGAGGAAUGUUAAAACUGACGAAAUCUCCAAGUUUGAGUCCUCUAAAUAUUAUUUGCGUGGCCUCAUGCAAACAUUUGGCGGAAGCUAUCGAGAUAUUGAUAGAAGAGCUAUAAUUUCACUUCUCCACAGCUUGGCUGCUAACUGA